GGGGUCUCUGGUUUCACGGGGCCGAGAGGAGAGGAAUGGACGGCAGCAUGGACAACACACACAACAUUUAAACCGAGGAGAACAUUUCUACUUUGUAUCCCGAAAGGAAUCUGCUCACUAAGGAACCUAGUAAGAUGGAGAAGGAUUUCCCAUCAACGCCCACUCCUGUCCAAACCCAGGGGUCGUGCUCUGUCAUGGAUGGACCUUCUCCUCCCUCACCUGUCUCCGGUCACCUCUCCGCUCCACCCUCUCAGCCUGACAAACCUCCACCCACCACAGAAACAAAGACAGAACCCAGAGAGUCUUCCCCUUCCUCUCCACAAUCGACUCACAUCAUGUCUGAACCAACGGACUCCCCUCCUCAUUUAGAAGGGUCAGAGCCUUUAUCUGAAACUGUGUCCACCGCUCCGCCCUCUCCAGCUCCAAACAAAACACCACUUGUUACUUCUGCUAACCACUCCACCCCUCAGAUCUCCAAAAUGUCAUCCUUUUCCAAUCUCAACUCUGCCGCCGCUACAUCAGCCGGCAUGGCCUUUAAUACUCUGAAAGAUUCCCCUCCCUCUUCCCCAAUCACUGCUUCCACCACCCCCACCACAGUGAAACGCACCUUUGCCUCCAUGGCCAAGCGGGUCAUAAUGCAGGAAAGACUCCGAAAAGUAGAGGAAGAGGAUGCCGAUGAUGACGAAGGUGAUGAAGAACCAGAGGAAGACUUGUCUGUGGAGCAGAUGGAGGAGAAGGCCAGAGCUGGUGAUGCCAGAGCCCAGACCCGGCUUGGUCACCACUUCUUGAUUCUCGCUGAAGAGAAGGACAGUGAGCUAAACAAUCUUCUGGCCGUAAAUUGGCUGAUUAAAGCAGCUAAACAGGGAAGAAAAGGUGCAGCGAGAUCACUGCAGCGCUGCCGGAGCCAGAAAAAAGGAAUCACUCCAGAGAAUGAGGAUGAGGUGCGCAGGUUGUCAACAGAGAGCAAGUUUGAGCUGGCGGUACGCAAAGCAGCCAUAAUGAUGUACUUUAAACUCAACCCGGAGAAGAAGGGAAAGGUGGCUGUCGCGGAGAUGCUGGAAAAUGUCGGCCAGGUCAAUGCAGCGCCGGGUGGCAUUGCAAGCAGGAUUCCUGGCCCAACCUCAGGUCAGACCCAGAAAGUGUUGGAAAGCAUGGUCAGCAAUGAGUCCAAACAGUUGGACCUGGAUGACUUUGUUGAGAUGACAAAAAAGUACGCACAAGGUAUUGUCCCCUCUGCACCCCGAAAUGACAGCCAGGUCACUGCCAAGGACGAGAGCCCUACACCUUACAACAAUGCUGUGGAGCACAAGACUGAGCCGGUUUCAUCAAGAUACAAGCGGUUGCACAAAAGUUCUUGGAGUUUUGAUGGUGGGAUGAUGAUGGACACAAAGCAGACCGGGGCCAUUAAAAAAGCCAUGGACAUGAAAUCACGCUUAAUGAUGCUGCAGUACCCGCUGCACACCGUCAUGGAUGUGAAGGAGCACCUGGUCGACUGGGCGUCGCGGGCCGGUGUCCAGUGGCUGAGCACAGUCAUCCCCACGCAACACGUCAACGCACUCAUUUUCUUCUUCAUCAUCAGCAACCUCACAGUUGACCUGUUUGCCUUUGUCAUCCCUCUGCUCGUGUUCUACCUCUCCUUCAUCUCCAUGAUCAUCUGCACACUGCGUGUUUUUCAGAGCAGCAAGACUUGGGAGAACUUCAGAGCCUUCACAUCUUUACUGACACGUUUCGAGCCUGGGCUGGAUGUGGAGCAGGCAGAGACCAACUUCGGCUGGAACAACCUUGAGCCAUACUUCUACUUCAUCAUCUCGGUCUUCUUUGUCAUUUUCUCCUUUCCUGUAGCCGACAAAGGCUGGAUCCCCUGUUCGGAGCUGUCUACUGUGGCCAUCUUCUUCACUGCUGUCAGCUACAAGAGCCUCAGCCCCACUGCUGCGAUGUAUGCACGCCGAGCAAUGGUCAUAGAGGUAGCAUCAUCUCUGUGUUGCCUGACCCAGUUCCUGCCAGAGAACAUGACGGGGCUUCGUUUUCUGGGACACACCUUCGCCACACUGCCACUUGGGAAAUCAGUGGUGCUGAAGCUCAGUCUCCCCUGCCUUCUCUAUGUUUACUUGUUCUACCUGUUCUUCAGCAUGGCAAAGAUGCGUGGUUUCCGGGGAACUUACUGCUUCUUGGUUCCAUACCUCGUGUGCUUCAUGUGGUGUGAGUUCUCUGUGGUUCUCCUCCAGAGUUCCUCCCCUGUGGGUCUAAUCCGCACCUGUGUGGCCUACUUUCUCUUCCUGUUUGCGCUGCCAGUUCUGGCAUUUGGCCUAGCCAUCAUGCUCCUCAUCCAACUCUUCAAGUGGUUCCUCGAGCUGGAGCUGACAAAGAUGAUCGUGACCCUGGUCGUAUGUGCGAUCCCUGUCACCCUGCGGCUCUGGACGCGGUUCAGCAUGUCUAUUCUGGACGUGUUCCGCUCACUGACCCACCGCGGCCCAGUCAAACUCAUCUUACUCUGUAUUUCCAUGGUGAUCUUGCUCUUCUCUGUCUAUGUGUACCACGCAGAGGGACAGAAGGUGUAUAACUCCACGCUGACUUGGAACCAGUACAGCCAGGCGUGCGGGCCCCCUGCCUGGGAAGCCAAAGGCAUGGCCCAGACGCAGAUCUUCUGUGGCCACCUUCAUGGACACAGAAUCACUUGGACUGGGCGUUUCAAACAUGUCCGUGUGGCUGAGACGGAGAAUGGUGCACAGUCGGUCAUAAACAUGUUGCCAGUGUUCAUGGGUGACUGGCUGCGCUGCCUGUAUGGAGAGACAUAUCCCAAAUGUGAGCCAAAGAAUGCCACGGUCGCAAACCUUACUGCUGCACAUUUGGCGGCCGGUUCUGCAUCAGCUUCUCUUUCACUGCCCAUUCUACUGCGAAUGCAAGAAGAAGAAGAGUUGUGUCAGAUUAAGGCUCUGGCCAAACACUCCUGCCAUGUGAAACGCUUCGACAGCUACUGGUUUGAGGUGACUGUCGGGAUGAUCCGCGAUGGAAGUUUGGUGGCAGACGAUCCAGCCAAGGAUAUAAUCCUAAUGGCAAGCCAUGAGUUCAGACAGGUUCUGUUUAAUCUGAACCCUGGUAAUAUGGUGGAGUUCAGCACCAAGCUGGAAGGCCGUCUUGGAGCCAGAGCCCCGGCCUUCGAGUUGAAGGCUAUCCACUGUCUGGACUGUGUUUCGUCGCUGUUCACUGGAGGCAGGCAGGUGAAGAUAGAGAGAGACUGGAGACGCACAACAAUGAGAGCCCUGAAGUUUGCAUUUGAUUUCUUCUUUUCUCCGUUCUUGUCUGCAAAAAUCUAGCCUGGUACCCAGACGAAUUCUGGGAGCCCAUUUAAAUUUGCUCUCUCAGAAUACGGUCUGUAUCCCCUCCAUUGGGAAGGGAUUUCCCCGGCAGAAAACUUGCCGGUCCAAUUACAACCGAUUAGCUGAUAAUGGGCGGGGUUUAUACCACGACGUGGACAACCAAGGCUGCCCGCUGAUGAACUACCCGCUGUUUUCAAAUUUCUCCCACAAAAACGGCAACACUGAGACAUUGUUCACAGACAUUGUGGAUUCAUCAUCACAGACAUCUACUCUCCACACGCUCUCUAGUCUGUUGACAUUUGAGCGUCACUAAACAGGUGUCACAUGAUUCGUCUGCAUCCGUUGGUAGCGCCUCUUGGAAAGUAGUUUUCUUGUUACGUGACAAUUUACGUAAUGGAACUUAAUGGAGUAUUGUUUACAAAUUGAUCUAACCUCAACUUCAACAAGGUGAACUCUUUAAUAUUUUUUGAUAGUACUUCCUGUGAGUGCAAGUGUUAGUUUACAAAUAUUUCAGUUCAUGUACGUCAAAAGUGGUUCAAUAAUGACCUUGAUUUUCAAAUAGGAGUUUAAAACAAAAUAGUCUUUGAUUUAUAUCCAGAGUCAAGUUGAUUUUUCAUUUUCCUGGUCUGUUGUAAAAAACUGAAGUGAAGCCCCUUAACGUUUCAUAUAGAUUAUAUGCAAGGAAGAUAAUUCUAUAUGCUAACCACUUCUGAGUAUCUAGAGAUACUGUUCAUUUCUUAAUAAUAAUAAGAUAGUGAUAUUUUAAAUGUAUCUUUUAUAGAGGAAUGUUUUUGCUGAUUUUGUAUUAAGGGAUUCCUUACAUGUACAGUGAAUAUGUUUGCAUGUUUAAUAUGUAUUUACAUUGAUGGGUCUUACUAUUUAUGCUUUUGCCCAAACGUCACAACGGUUUAUUUUCACAAAGUUGAAGGAGGGACUUCUUAAAAAGUUUUUUAAAUAUAAAUCACCAGUCCUCACAUUACUAGGUUUUUAUUUUUGAUGGUAUCUCUUACAGUAGAUAUGCCAACAAAACAUUGACAGUGCUCAUUCCAUUUAAAAUGAGGCCCUUUACCUCAUACAGUACAGGGAGCCUUUAGUAAUUUCAAGAGUUUUAAUGAUGAGAAAAUAUUUUGCACAGUUUUUAACUUUACCUUUUCUCACGGUGCAAUACCAAUUCUCCCACUUCUUAAGCAAAAUAAACAAUUUAAAAAGCAGUUAUUAAAAUCUGAGGUUGAAAAAUGCAUCGUGACAACGCAGGAGAUGGGACAGUUUUUUUUAUAUAUGUGGUGUUCACAGGACAGCACUGACAACAUGUUAACACGUGAAAACCCACAUAUGUGAACACUACGAAGUUGCAACUGCACUUGUGAAUGAGAAUCAUUGAGGUUGAGCCUGUGCACUGUGCAUUUGAGUGCCUUUUAAUCUAGUGAUGGAGUGUAGGGUUGUGUGAAAUUAUUAUUAUUAAUUAAAGUGCUUGACGUUGGAACAAAA